AUGUGUGACAAGAACGGCCCCGCGCCACAGCCUCCUCUCGCCUUCCACGUCAUUCCCACAUCGCUCGUAUCCAUUAGGCCCAUUAUGCCGUCGUUUACUGGCGAAGAUAUUCCCGACCUCGAUGGCCAAGUUAUUAUUGUGACCGGCGGGAAUGCAGGCCUGGGACUCGAGACAGUGAAGCAGCUCAGCUCACACAAUGCUGCUCGUAUCUAUCUCGCAGCCAGGUCUCAAGAUAAGGCCGAGCAGGCUAUUAGAGAGCUCCAGGCGGCUGACCCGAAGGCCAAUACAAUCGUCUUUCUAAGGCUAGAUCUUGCAUCCCUUGAGAGUGUCAAAGAUGCCGCAUCCUAUUUUCUUCACAAAGAGACCCGUCUCGACAUUCUCGUCAACAACGCUGGCAUCAUGAUGACUCCGGAGGGCCUCACAAAGGAUGGUUACGAGAUCCAAUUCGGCACGAACGUUGUAGGCCCCGCAUUAUUCACUCAAUAUUUGCUGCCGAUCAUGCGCGAGACUGCCAAGAUCAACCACCAGACACGCAUGGUGAUGCUCUCUUCUGCCGCGCAUGUUUGGGCGCCAAGCGAUAUCUACAAGAUCAGCGAGUUCCGGACCAAGAUGACCAAUCGCGGAACAACUGAGAGGUACACCAUAUCAAAGCUGGCCGACCUCCACUAUGCUAAAGCCCUGGCUGAGCGGGAGCGUCAUGUCAAGAUUGUCCCUGUGCACCCUGGCAUCGUUGCCACCAACCUCCACCACGCCUCGGAGGGGCUCUUGCUUAGGCCUUUCCUGCACAUUGCUGUCAGACUAUUCGCCACACCGGUUGAGAAAGGUGCUCUGUCCCAGAUCUGGGCGGCUGUCAGCCCGAACGCGAAAAGUGGACAGUACUACGGCCCAAUUGGAAAGGCGGAGUCCGGCUCUAAAGCUAGCCAGAACCGCGACCUCCAGGAGCAGCUGUACGAAUACAUUCAGACUGAGCUAGAGCCCCGACUGCUCUUGAUGUUCGUUUGCGGCCUGGCGUUGGACGACAACGACGAGAACAUUGAUGAUGACAUGUCAAGAGAGAUGAAUGUCAUGAGGAACAUGGCAGCAGCAAGGCAUGUUUUACAGAGACCAUAUAUAUCUGGCUUGGACGUGCAAGACGCCUUUGCGAGCCAUGCCAAAGCUUCAAGUUUGACCCCAAACGAGAGAUCGCACCAAAGCAACAUGUUCAUGGCCGGCACCAAUCUACCAGACGCGUUUGUGGAUGGGACCGACACUUUCACCGGUGGCUCCGCCCCGGAGUUCGUAUGCCAUGUAUCUUAUGAAGCACGGCAGCCUCGAUAA